AUGUGGUCCAAGAAUGCAGAACCUAUCAUCGAACCUCAGACAGUGGGAAUCCAUUCUCUUUCAAGAGAUGCCUGUCUUACUCCUAAAGGGGUGAGAUCUUUUCUCAAGCUUUCUCGGCUAUCCACUGAUGAUGUUUUGAAACAGCAACUGAACAAUAAAUUAAAUCAUCAUGAAUCAACCUAUUCAAAUCGUAAAAAGGAAAAAUCUUCAAUUUGUAACGACUUUUUUGAAUCCUCAAUACUGCCCGCUUGGGAAGCAAGAUCAAAUGCUAUUGAGUUCUGUCACAAGGAAGCUGUGAAGUUUAGGCAAGAAAUAAAGUCAGAAGAGAGUCAAAUUAACAGAAGAAAUGAAUUAGUUGAUACAAGAAUCGAUCCAUAUGCAUUAAGGGAUUUGCAGCAGGAACUGGAAGAAAAAUAUUUGCGAGUAGAUCAACUUUUGAACUGGGUUAACAAUGAGAAAACAAUAGAGCAGAUUGUUCGGAGUAGGAGCAUUGGGAUGCUACAGGAUACUUGUCAACUAGACUCUGAUAGUCCAUUGGUCAAGCGUAUGAAUAGCUGUGAGUGA